GGGCGGGGAUUCGGAUGUAUGCAUGACCCAUAUGCAAAUAGAGUUGGACGCCUCGUUAUGAGCCCAGACGACCAUUGGCUGAAAAAUCUUCUCAAUGCGCGCCAUGAAUUCAAAUAAGAGCGCGCUCAAGUCAGGAGCAGUCUUAUUGGACAACAGUCGGCAGCCUGUCGUCUGCUGACCUAUAAGUAACGUUGUGUCGCCGGCGACCACAUUCUGUUCUGAAAGGCCUAGGAAGAAGACCAAAUCAUGUCAGGAAGAGGAAAGACCGGGGGCAAAGCCAGAGCGAAAGCUAAGACCCGCUCUUCCCGUGCCGGCCUCCAGUUCCCCGUCGGCCGUGUGCAUAGACUUCUCCGCAAAGGCAACUACGCUCAUCGCGUCGGUGCCGGUGCUCCCGUCUAUCUGGCAGCUGUGCUCGAGUAUCUGACCGCUGAGAUCCUGGAGUUGGCUGGAAACGCUGCUCGCGACAACAAGAAGACCCGCAUCAUCCCCCGUCAUCUGCAGCUGGCCGUCCGCAACGACGAGGAGCUCAACAAACUUCUUGGUGGGGUGACCAUCGCCCAGGGCGGUGUGUUGCCCAACAUCCAGGCCGUCCUUCUGCCCAAGAAGACUGAGAAGCCUGCCAAGAAGUAACUUGGAAGCAACUUAUUGUAAACCCCAAAGGCUCUUUUAAGAGCCAACCACAUCUUCAUUAAGGUCUAAAUCUUGCUGAGUGGCUGCCCUCAACCAGGACUUCAAAGCGCUACAUUUGAAAUUCAUGUUCUUUAGCCCUAGGGUUACUUAAGCCACUGCUAGUGUUCAAUUAUAGGACUGUGGGGUCUAAUUUAAUAGGAUGUUGAAAUUAUCUAUUAGAAAAUAAUAUUAAGGACUACUAAAAGCUUUAGCGAUUUAGGAUUGUGUCGUUUUGUCAAAGUGAACAUUAUUGUUAAUCCGACCGUGCAACAAGUUACAUGGAGGAUCGAAACUCCGAAUGUGCAUUCAUAUAUUUACCACACAACAUAAACAUGUAACAAUAUUGCAAAAAGACGACAAAUAUAUACACAGUGCAUAUAUUAUACAGAAUAUAAUAUUCAGUGUUUUUACAU